GACAGGCCGGCAAGGGAGGGACGUGGCUUCCUUUUCCACGCCCCCUUCUUCACCCCUGGAGGCGGGGCUUCGUGCUUGUUGUCCAAAGGGAGAGAGUCGUAACACUCGGCGCCGCCUCUCGCUUUGCGGCGGGGCUUUGCGACACCCGAGGCGGAAGUGGCGGCUUGUGCUGAGGAGAAGGCCGCGGGGUCUUCUCUGAGAGGAAGGAAGAGGAGGCGAGGGAGGAGGAUGGGGGGCGCGGGAAGCCGGGGCGAGGAGGAGGAAGAGGAGGAGGAGGAAGAGGAUGAGGGAGGAGGAGGAGGAGGAGGGGGCCGAGGCGCAGAGCUGCUCCCCCCGCCGGGCGGGCCCGAGGCCUCUCCGGCCGUGGCGCCUCUUCCUCCCGCGCCAUGGCCGCUUCGCUCUCCCCCGGCGGGGCCUGUGCCUGGGGCGGCGGUGCUGCUGGGCCAGGCGCGGCUGCGGGAGGAGGCGGCGGCCCGCCUGCGCCACGCCACCCCGCCGGCGCCUCGGCUCCCGCUCCUGGCCCGCCACCACGCCGCCCUGGCGCGCUGCCUCGAGGACUGCCUCGCCCGAGGGGAGCCCGCCGUCUCCCGACAGCACCUCGCCCACGCCCUCCGCGCCGCCGCCGCCCGGCAGCAGGCCCACCCGGAGGAGCAGCAGCCCCACGGGGAACAGCAGGAGGCCGACGAGGAGGAGGAGGCCUUUGCCCAGUUCGACACGGAGGGCGAUGGCAUGGUGGAUGUGGAGAACAUGUUGGAGAUGCUCAAGAGCUCCGGUGGUGGCACUCUACACGGGGAACUCGGCCAUGUGAUCAGGCAGCUCCAGGCAUGUUCGCUUGUCCCAGGUUUUAUAGACAUAUUUUCUGACUCAAAUGAGCGCCUUAGCCAUCAUGCUUCCACGAUCCUGCGCUUCCUGCACCGGCACCGUAUUGCCAGCACGGCCAUCCCAUAUCCCGUUUUGGAAUACUUCAACAAUAUUUGCACUAUGCGUUCUUCGGUCCUGAGGGAUUCUUUAGACCGGCUGCUCCUCAAAGAAAAGGAGUGUCCCGGUGACUUGAGUGGGAAGCAGGAGUUAGACAAAUUCAAAUCCGUCUCCAAGUGCUACACCCACAUAGAAACCUCUUCCAAUUCCGAAGAUAUCGGCAAAAUGACCAACGGAGAGACUUCCUCCUACUGGCAGUCCGACGGAAGCGCCCGGUUGCAUUGGAUACGUUUAAAGAUGAAGCCGGAUGUCGUUCUGAGGCACCUCUCGAUCGCCGUCGCGGCCAACGACCAGAGCUACAUGCCGCAGCAAGUCACGGUGGCGGUGGGAAGGACUGCCAGCAAUCUCCAGGAGGUCCGCGAUGUUCACAUUCCCAGCAAUGUUACUGGAUAUGUGACAUUGUUGGAAAACGCUAACAUUAGUCAGAUGUACGUGCAGAUCAACAUCAAGCGCUGCCUUAGCGACGGCUGCGAUACCCGAAUCCACGGCCUCCGGGCUGUUGGCUUCCAAAGAGUGAAGAAAGGCGGCGUCUCGGUCUGCGAUGCUUCGGCCAUCUGGUGCUGGUCGCUGUUGACUUCCUUGGUCACCGCCUCCAUGGAGACCAACCCGCCCAUCGUCCACGCCAUCCUGCAAAACACGCAGAAGGCCCUGCAGCACAUGCCGCCGCUCUCUUUGUCGCCCGGCUCCACCGACUUCUCCAGUUUCUUGUCUCCCAAUGUUUUGGAAGAAGUGGACAGUUUCCUGCUGGGCAUCACCAGCCGCUACGUAUCUUCUGAGGUGGAGCUGACCUUGCUGGCCUUCUCCUUGGCCCGAGGGAGCGUCUCCAAAGUGUUGAGCGCCCUCUGCGCCAUUGCCGAGCACCUGGAAACGUCCUACGAGGCCGCUUCCCUGAUCACCUCCAUGGCCGCCGUCCGGCAGAACCUGCUCUACAAAUACGGAGCCUCCCUACGACUGACUCUGCAAGCCUGCGACGUCAAAGGGAAGGAGGACAAGUCAGGGCCUGAGAACCUCCUGGUGGAGCCCUGGACGGGGGACGGCUUCCUGACGGAGACCGGGAAGAGAAGAGCCAGCAUCAUCCUUGCGAGUGGAACCGAAGCAGCCUUGCAGGUCACGCAAAUCAGAAUCAAGGUCCGGAGGGGAGCCAUCGGGGCACGGUGCGGAUUGGUCUUUGCCUACAACGACCCCUCAUCCGAGAAGUUCCACGCAGAGGGACACUUCAAGCGAUUCGAGAGUUAUGACACGUGGAAGCCGGAAGACUUCCAGCAGUUUUUGAAAAACAGGAGCAGCACUCCCUUCGAUGAAUUGGGAGAAGACGAUCCCGUGGGCUGGUUUGAAACAGAAGAGGAAUGGGACGAAGUGGAGGUGAAAAUGCAGCCCUGCCGGAUUGCCAAGUACCUGAUGGUGAAAUUCCUGUGGACACGGCAAGAGAAAGCGGAGCGUCUGGGAGUGCAAGGCCUGUCUGCCUUUGGCUACCUGCGCCCCUCCUCGACCGAGCCCGCCAGGAGCCUGGGCUGCCUGCAAUGUCCCCGGCCAGAAGGGGGCGCUGCCGUCUGCGGGGUGACCCUCCUACUCAAGACCCUCGCCUUCGUCCAGCAGCUUGCACAGGAUCUGGUUCAGAAGAGAGAAAGCGGCCUUCGCUACAGAUCGUAUUUGGACUUCUCAGGCCUGGAUUUAAAGCUGUUUUGGGAUUUCUAUAGCAAGCUGCAUGAAAGUCCCCGCGAAGAGUGUGUCGAGGCCCAGACUGCGCUGCUGCGGCUUCUCCGGAGCUGCAUCUCGGCAUUCCCUUCCGAAGACGGAGCCCCCGAGUCUCAGGCGGGAGAGAAGGCAAAGGCAGAAGCCCAAGGCAACAGGGAGGCUGCGGAAGAGCUCUACCGGCACCUCUGCCAGGUUGUGGACGGUGAGAGCGAGCACCCCUCCCUCCAGACCCUGAAGCAGGAAGUGAAGGACACCUUGCUCAACGGAGCCGCCAUCUUCUUCCCCCGCAGGCACAUACGACGGGAGAAGCUUCUUGCAAUGUUGAAGAACAUCACGGAACAGGAACACAAGCCGUCGGUCCAGCUCACGUUCAGAUCCCUCUGUGCCUAUUUCAGCGAUCAAGAUCCUGGGGGGCUUCUGUUGCUCUCAGACAAAGGGACUUCUGCCGACGUUGACAUCGACCAAGUGCUGGCGGUGAUGGAGACACUCCUGAUGGUGAUGUCAAGAGAGUGUGAAAUGCUGGCGCUGGGAGCGGCCCAGUCGGACACGGGCCCGGUGCUGUCCUCCUUGUUUUGGUCAGUGCAGGGCAGCCUCCUCUCCUGGUGCUACUUGCAACUCAAGGGAAGCGAAGCCGCCCCCAAGAAGCUGGCCGCUGACGUCCUGACCAAAUACGUGCGGCAGUUCCUCUCUAGCGCCACGGCCGUCCUGGAGCCACUCCUGGCGAAGCAUGGUGGAAAGAGCCUGGCGGAAGCCCUGAGCAACUCCGUCUUCUCCCUGGUGUCCCGCCAGCUGAUGACCUUCCUGCAGGACUUCUGUGCCUUGGCCGUCCCACACCGGACCCUCCUGCAGGACGUCAGCGCAUUGACGCCACUGCUGAAGGAGCUCUCACUGGAGCCGGGAGAUGGGGCUCCCCAUCAGGCAGGCCUGGAGGGCUUGCAGCAAGAGCAGCCGGUGGUGCUGCGAGUCUGGACCGUGGAGUCUCCCCACAACUACGACAACAACUGCCAUGACUUCACCGUCUUCCUUUGUCCAGGGGCCACCUACUUCGAAGUGGAGUUUGACGACCGAUGCGAAACCGAGAGGAGGUAUGAUUACCUGGAAUUUACGGAUGCCAGAGGCGGGAAAACCCGCUACGACACCAAAGUGGGGACCGACAAAUGGCCCAAGAAAGUGACCUUCAAGGCCGGCCCGCGGCUGCAGUUCCUCUUCCACUCGGACAGCAGCAACAACGAAUGGGGCUACCGGUUCUGUGUCACGGCCUACGGCUUGCCGGACCUGGAGGUCUCAUGGGGCCUGGACCUGCACCUCCUGGUGGCCCGGCUGAUGGGCCGCUUGGCUUCCCACAGCAUGGCCCUCCCACAUGCCCAUGGAAAGGAAGCCGAGCUGCUUCCCGCGAAGGUGACGGCGGUACUGAGCUCCCCGCUGUGGAAGCCGGUUUUCCGGCAUCGGAUGCGUUUGGAGCAGGAUGAGGCGGCAGAAGGCGGACCCGGCAAAGCCAACCAGGAGAAUACAGAGGCUGCCGGCUCCGAGGCCAGCAACUGCCGCCAGUUUCUCCUUGACUUCUUAAAGUCCGACCCGGCCCAGGCGUUUUGUGGGUCAAACUCUGGGCUUUUCAACGGACUUGCACAGGCAUGUAAACAACAGGCCCCCAAGACUGAUAGAGUUGCCGGUUCCACUGUUGACCAGGCGAUCCAGUCCACGUUUGCGGCUUUGGUGUAUCUCUCUCCAGACCUGUUUGAGAAGCUGCAAGCCUAUGUCAGCAGCGGAGGCCAAGCGCCUCUGGGUGAAGAGUUUGCCCAAGUGUAUUCCUUGGCCGACGGGAUUCGAAUAUGGAUGCUAGAGAUGAAGCAGAAGUCUCUGAUGGGCCAAGAGAGCGACGGGGAGGAGAGGCCGGGCGGAGAGGUGGACGAGAUCAGCCCGGAAAUGCUCGCCGAACAGUGCAUCCAGAAGAGUCACCUGCUGCUGAGCUUCCUUCCUGAGCGGCGGUUGGCGCAGGUGGGGGUGCCGUGCCCGAGGGAGGGGCCGCGCAGGAGCAGCUCCCUCCUGGAGGCCGACUUCCAGGCCGCGACGACGGACGCAUCCUCCUCGCCGGCGCCGCAUCCCUCUGGGCCACUUGGCUUCCCCUUCCCUGGGACGGAGGCACCCGAGGCCAAGGGGACGCCCCUGCCACAGCCGCCUUCGCCCUUGGAGCCCUCCUCGCCGCCCUCGACUCCCACCCGCAAGCCGCCCUUCAGCCGUGGGAGGCUCCGGCUCCUCUCCUUCCGCUCCAUGGAGGAGUCCCGGCCGGCACCCAGCAUCAAGGAGAAGGACCCCAUCCUGAAGCAUGCCCUGGACUUCAUCAAAGACCAGACGCUUUCCCACGAAAGCGUGCUGAGAGUGCUGGCCCUGCGCAAGGCCCAGGCCACGAACGUCCUGGAGGUCCUGAAGAUGACCCUGCGGUGCCUGGAGGCCCUGGGCCGGCCCCACUGCUUCGCGCCCCCCUGCAUCGCCUUCCUGCUGGAGCUCCUCGCCUCCCAGAAAGACUUCACCACCCAUCUUGGACAUUUGGACGGCUGCGGGGUGAAGCUACACCGAGAAAUACGGGAGUCGUACUACCAACUGCUUCUCUUCCUGGUCAACGCCCUGAAAGGAUUCGACAGCAUUCACGACAAAUCGUUGUUGCUCCCGGCCUUGUCCUGCGUCCAGACGUCCCUCCUCCACCUCCUGGACAUGGGCUGGGAGCCGAGUGACCUUUCCUUCUUUGUUGAUAUACAGCUGCCGCGCCUCCUCCUCGCCGUCUCCCAGGAGAACAUCGGCUCUCACGACACCGCCCAGCGUCAAUGGAGCGAAGAAGAGGAAAUGUCCGACUACAAGCAGAAUUUGGAGUGGAUGGACGAGUGCCAGGAAGGGCUCUUUGAGAUCUGGUUUGACAAGAUCGGCCAAGCUGACACAGAGAAGCAGCGCAAGAUGCACAUGUUCAUCGCCCGCUACUGCGACCAGCUGCGCGUGGACUUCUCCUGUGAUGGCUGCGACGAGAUUGCGCCGUGGCACCGCUACCGCUGCUUGCGCUGCAACGACAUGGACCUCUGCAAGACAUGCUUUUUGGGCGGGGUACGGCCGGAGGGCCACGAGGCCCAACACGAGAUGGUGCACAUGGCCUACACCUGCGGGCAGUGCCGGGGAGUCAUUGUCGGCCGACGCGCACAUUGCGACGAGUGCCAGGAUUUGGACCUGUGCUUUGGCUGCUACUCCGCUAAGAAGCCCUCCGACAGUCACCUGCCCAGCCACAGCGUCACACUGCACCCCACGGUCACUGUCCGGACCAGUGAGCGCCACCGGCCCAUACAGCCCUACCUGCACAACUACUCCUGGCUGCUCUUCUCAGCCCUGGCCCUCUACAGCGCUGACCUGGCCACCGGGGGUGGUGGAGCCCAGGCGGAGGAGCAGGGUGAAGAGGCCCCUGACCCACCGGCCGUUGCUUGUGCCAGAGCCCUGCAGCAGGAAUGCCUGGAGCUCCUUGGGGAUUGCCUCCUGAAAGUCCAGCAGGGGAAAGGUCUGAAAGGCCUGGCCUUGCUCUCCAUGUUGCCGGACGGUGAAUCCUUUGCCGAAAACGCGGCCCCAUCGCUUGAUGCUUCUGCAGAUGCUGCGACGCAACACUUUGCAAAGGAGGAAGUGGCGGGAAGCCUUCCAGCGACGCCUGUGCCUUUCGCCCAUUGCAACGGAAAUGGAAAAGAAAUCCCGGGAAUCGCAAACGACAAACAAGAGCCGAGCGACGCUUCCAAUGGACUUCCAUCCAAGAAGAAGAAGAGUGACCUGCCCGAGAGGGAGCCUGCCGUGCCUCGUUCUGAUUCCCAGCCUCCCGGUCAAGGCGCUGACGAUUGGCCUCUGAACCAAGCGGUGCCAGUCCAAGAGGCCCUGUUUGCCGAAUGCUCCCAAAAGAGGAUCCUGGGCCUCUUGGCGGCCAUGUUGCCUCGCUUGAAACCAGGCCUGACAACACCUCUGUCUGGCCUGGACCGGGUCCUGCCGCUCCUGUUCCAGGAAGUGAUCUCCAACGCGGGGCGACUGAACGAGGCCUACCACCUGGCGCUGGGGCUGCUGGGGCAGGUCAUCCGCAGGCUGCCCCCAGCUGAGGUGGAUGCGGCGCUGGGCAAGGUCUUCUCAGCCAAGCAGGGCCCCUUGGUGGCCGGCGGAGAGGGCCCCUCGGCAUCCCCCCAAGGCUGGAAGACCACCCACCUGCUCUUCAGCCUGGGAGCCGCCUGCUUGGAAAGUCGCCUGGGCCUGGACUGGGCCUGCAUCCUGGCAGAGGCCUUGGGCGCCCUGAGCGCCUCCCCACAGUGGCACAGCGUGGUCUCGGCCUUCACGGAGCACUGUGUGAAGCAGCUUCCUUUCCAGCUGAAGCACACCAACCUCUUUGCCUUGCUGGUGCUGGUCGGCUUCCCAGAGGUCCUGUGCACGGGAAGCCGGGCUGCGUAUGUGGACGUGGCCAACGAGGCACAUGACGUGGUUGUCCUCAAGCACUUUGCGGAGAAGGACAGGGCGGUGGUCGUGGAUGUCAAAACGCGGAAGCGGAAAGCAGUGAAGGACCUCCAACUGGUUCAGCCUUGUGGCCGAGAUGACCGCAACGGGAACGGCGGCAACCCCGAGGGCCUCCUCCUGCGGCCGUACAUCCCACACUUUGUGUUCAUCGCUUGCCACCUUCUCCAGAGCGGCGUGGACAGCGGCUCCCCGGAGGCGGUGGAGGCCACCUGGGUCCUGUCCCUGGUCCUGAAAGGCCUUUACAAGGCACUGAAGACCUCUGCCUUUGAAGAAAUACGAACAGCUUUUCUCCAGACGGGUUUGCUGAAACUGUUGGUGAAGAAAUGCAGCAAAGGCACCGGCUUCAGCAAGACCUGGCUUCUCAGGGACUUGGAGAUCUUGUCACUGAUGCUCUACUCCUGCAAAAAAGAGGCUGGUUCCCUGGCGGAACGUAAGGAGGAAGAGCCGGAUCUGGAGCAGGAUCAGGACCAGGCCGCCACUGCGGCGCCUGCGGGUGCCACACAGGGCCGCCUCGACCCGCUGGAAGGCCUGGACGAAACCACCAAGAUCUGCUUCCUGAUGACGCACGACGCCCUGGAUGCCCCACUGCACAUCCUCCGGGCCAUGUACGAACUGCAGAUGAAGCGGAGGGACUCUUUCUUCUUGGAGGUGCAGAAGAGAUUUGAUGGUGACGUGGUGACAACCGAUGAGCGGAUUCGCACGCUGGCCCAGAAGUGGCAGCCCAGCCAGCAGACCCGCUCCGAGGAGCAGAGCGCCAAAGCCCUGGACACCGACAUGAUUGUGGUGCCUUGCCUGGCCAAGCCAGCUCCUUGCGGCACCGCCACGGAGGAGUCCAGCCCGGUCACCCAGAAGCUCAUCGCCAGCACCGAGAGCGACCUGCGACUCAGCUACGCCAAGCAGCGCCGCGCCAAGAGCGCCGUCCUCCUGCGCAAAGAGCUGGAGCCGUCGCCUACGCCGCGCCGGGGGGGCCCAAGGGGCACAAGGGGCUUCCUCUACCGGCUGCACAAGGCCACCGCCGUCCUCUACGCCCGGCACGCCCUAGCCCUGCUGCUGGCCCAGUGGCCCCCACAGGCCCCCCUUGGUCCUGAGAUGCUGGAACUGAGCGGGCCCGCCCACAUGGCCUACAUCCUGGACAUGCUCCUCCAGCUGGAGGAGAAGCCGCUCUGCGAGAAGAUCCUGCUGAAGGUGCUCCGUAGCUGCAACGAGAGCAUGCUGUCCACCAUGGCGCUCACGGCUUGCCAGUUCAUGGAGGAGCCGGGGGUGGCCGUCCAAGCGCGGGAGUCCAAGCACCCCUACAACAACAACACCAGUUUUGAGGACAAGGUCCACAUCCCGGGCGCCAUCUACCUCUCCGUCAAGUUCGACCCGCAGUGCAACACAGAGGAGGGCUGUGACGAGCUGGUGGUGUCCAGCAGCGCAGACUUUGCCCAUGACCGGCACACCUUCAGCGGGCCUCCCCACAAGUGGGCUGACUUUGAGCUCCCAGGAGAUACCCUGCACUACCGCUUCACCAGCGACAUGAGCAACACCGAGUGGGGAUACAAGUUCACGGUGACGGCCGGACACCUGGGCAGGUUCCAGACAGGGUUUGAGAUCCUGAAGCAGAUGCUGUCGGAGGAGAGAGUCGUCCCGCACAUCCCGUUGGCCAAAGUCUGGGAGUGGCAGGUGGGCGUGGCCUGCCGCCAGACUGGGCACCAGCGCCUGAAGGCCCUGCAUUUGCUCCUCCGGAUCGUCCAGCGGUGCGGCCACGGGGACUGCGACCUGGCCUUGCUGCGGCCACUUUGGCAGUUGUUCAGCUGCAUGGAAAAUGGCCUUCGCCACGAGGCGGCCAAGCCGGGCCUCCUCCUCCCACUCCACCGGGCCCUGACCGAACUCUUCUUCGUGACCGAGAGCAAAGCCAGCGAACUGGGCUCUCUGCAGGACUACUUGCUUGCCUUAAACACAGACGACCACCUCCACUGCUCCACAGCACAGGCCCUGCAAAACAUUGCCGCCAUUAGCCUUGCCAUUAACUACCCCAACAAAUCGACCGCCCCUUGGAACGUUUAAUCA